AACCCGCAACCUGGUACGUUUCAGCAAUCAUUGACGAUUUCGGCAGUGCUCACGAAGGGUAUAUAGGUCAACCCCCCGGGAGUGUAUCUACCACUGGAAAGCCACCAAGAUCAUGGUAUUCAAGAGCCUCUUACUCAUCGUCUCCUUCAGCGUUGCUUUGGCAUCAGCCAGCGAUCCACCGGUAGUUCCGGGUCGCUAUGCCCUGAUCCCAAUCAACGAGGAGAACUCAGGGAUGGUCGAUAUCCCGCUCUACGAGGAAGUACGUGUCGUGCACUUUUCGGAGCAGACCCCGUUGGCCCAGUGGAACAUCCAGCCAUGCGAUAUGGGUAAUAACACGUAUCUGUCUACUAUCAAGUCUUCGCCAGUUUCAUCCACAGGCCCAAUUCCAUCUCCAAUCCCCAGGCCGGGCCGCUGGUUAAUACUUCCUCAAGGUGGCAAUAACCCUGUGUUAAGCUCUACUCGCAAGUUUUGCUGGAACGUUUUUCCUCAUGGCAACAACACCUGGCGUCUCCGAAGCUCAAACGAUAGCAGUGGCUGUAAAUCUUCCUCUAUUUGUAGUGGUAUUUUCUGCAGCUAACAUCUACCCUCCGACCAGUAUGUCUUGGCACUAGCAAUGACGGAGAAGUUGAAAAAGUUAAAGGGUACAAACCAGGCACUGACGGCCAUUGCAAUGGUGACCUCUUGUGGAAGCUCCAACCGGCUAACUGAACACU